AGUUUCCUCCCGCGAAAACCCCUUGGAACUACAAUCCAGGAAACCAGAUAGAAAUCCCCUACACUACGCGGUCGUUGCGCCCGUGCGCGCACGCUAUUAGGAUAUGAACACUUUUUGUACUCAGCAUGUGAUGCUAGUGCUACCACUUUUAGUAAGUCUUAGUCACCGCGCACACAUACAUUAUUUCUGAUUGUAACGCAAGUAUUUGCGGACGAUGUCGAAACUCAAACUAGUACUAGCAUUCAUUCCGCGCAUUGUGCACGUUUUGAAAAUGAAUCCUUUGAUACACUUUCCCUAGACUCUUUGCUGGCAGGCUCAGAACUUUUUCCUCCACCAUGCUCGGUGCGAUGUUCUCGUAUUUCCGGAUGGGGGAUACUCCUCGAAGCGUGUGCUCCAGUGCGAGGCUCCCGCUGGACAGCGCGACGGAGCCGGACACCACGCGAUUGCCGUUGCCGUCGGAGUUUGACGGGUAUUUCACGCCCCGUUCCGCGGGGCGGGAGGAUCCGUUGAUGCCGCUGUCGUACAGCCCCGGGGUCGUCUUCAUGGAGGACGUCGACGAGGACCCGUUUGGUUUCGCAAACGACGCGAAAGACGAGGUGAUUGCGUUCCGGCAGGAUCGAGCGGCGCGGACCAUUCAGCGGGGAGCGCGGGACAAGCAGGGAAGAACCAAAGCAGACGUGGAGUGGCGGAUGGGGCAACGGCGCAAGGCCGAGGCAUUGAGGCAGGACAAAGCGGCCAGAACCAUCCAGAAGGCGAACCGAGACAAGCAAAAGCGGAUUGCCGAUCGCGAGGAGCAGGCGCGAGCGGACUACGCGUUUCGGCUGUGUAAGUCGCAGGAUAUGCAGAAGGACCACGCCGCGCGGACGAUUCAACGGGCGCAGCGCGAAAAGGUCGCAAACCAGCAGCAGCAGGUGCGGUAUGGCAAAGCGGAAGAGCGCCGGCGCAACACUGCGGCGCGGACGAUUCAGCGCCAGGAGCGGUCGAAGCAAGCCGCGUUUCAAGCGGAGCGCGACGCGCGCGAAGAGAGCGUCAGGUUGAUGGCCGAGAAGCGAGCCCGGGAACGCGAGGAGGAGCGACGUCGGAAAGAAGCAGAAGAAGAGAAAAAGAAGCGGGGUCGGUUUGGUGGUAUGUUUGGAGGCAAAAAACAAUCCUCGAAGCAGCCAGUGGCCGAGGGCGAAGUGAUGGACUUGAAAGUUGAGGUGCAGGUGCACGCGCUUGGGGAAGCGGACGAGAAGCGGUCAAGGAAAAUGCCGGUGAAGAAAACGCGACCGACGCACCUGUCACUCUCGCAGGAAAAGAUCCUGGAAGCGUUGGCGAAGGGGAUUGAGCGCAGGCGGCAAAGUGUGAACGAGAGACGCGACAUUAAGGUGCAGGAGGCGAAGGAGAAAUUCCUCAUACUGCUAGAAAGACGGAAACGGCGCAAGCGCAGGACUGGCGAAGAAAUGCCGCUGGUGAGCCGGACGAAGCCGACGUAUCUCUUCAACGUAGAGCUUAAGGUGUUGGAGAUGAUGCGAGCACAGAUCGAGGAAGGCAAGCGACAACGGCAAGAGCGCAUCGACAAUCUCGUACGGGAGGCGUGCGACAAAUUUAAGGCCGGGCUCAUCCGAGCGAAAGAAAGGAAAAAAGCGAAAUCCAUGACGGGGCGAAUGGGCAAGGCGUUGUCCAUGCGGUUCUCGCGCGGCAAGAGUUCAACCGCGACUCGGCGACGCCGUUCCUGCUGCUGCUGCUGCUGUGGUGCUCCCGCAGAACCGCCCCCAGAUCCAAACCCUCUGCAGCCAGAUGGAACCCCAGAGAUGGAGGACAUAGCAAGAAUAGAUGAUGCACCUACAACUGCAGGGGAUGAUGUUGAUGUUGCAGCCACCGACAAAGGUGAGCUCGUUAUUGACGUUGGCGCAGGAGUAGACCAAGAGCAGGGACAGGCAGACAACCCGAAUGAACCUCCGCCGGCGGCAGAAAGCGGUGCCGAGAAUCUCGAGACAGCUCCACCACCGGACCAGGAUGAAAAUUUGGAGGAAACUCUUGCUGUGACCGACUUGCCAGCUGGAUAGUGAGUACUGCUUGAAAGAGAUGUUGAAAAUUAGGGCCCAGAAGCGAAAUGAACUCCCACACAGUACGUACUCUGUCGGCAAGCGCACCUCUGAACUGCAGCAGAAGGAUUAAAUCCGUAGCAGCACCAUCGAUUACAUGCUCAGUUUUCAACGAUUCCAUAGCUGUGCUUUUACGCACUGUGGCUAUAAUAAGUAAAUGCGACCAGGUACUGUAUCGCAUGGAUGUGUCAGUGAAAGAAAAGAGCAGGAGCAGAGAGUGUGACCUCCUCCUUCGUCACAGCAGCGUCGCGUGUUCCAUUUUCA